GGCGCAGGUGAACGUCAGUCGCGCCGCGGUCUCCCGCCGACAGGGAUCCUGCACGAGACGCGCCGGAAAUACACGACUGUUUUUGAAAAUCGAUCGGCUUUUCAAAAAACAAUUGUCGGGGUUUCCUUUCAUUUUUCGAAUUUCGAGUGAGGAUGUCGGAGUAGGGUGGGCGGUCAGGCAUGGUCGGUCGCCGGGUGUGUGGCCAGUGAUGUCCCGGACAUGCGGCCGGUGCUCAUCGCUUCUUGCCUGCUGCUGCUCGCGCCCAUCACCGAUUCUUGGUGGGCGUCUGGCAGCGCAGUGAUCUUGGACCCGCGGAUGGUGUGUAAGAAGAACCGGCGCACGCGCGGCCGCCUCGCUCAGAUCUGUCGCAACGAGACGGGUCUAUUGAAGGAGAUCACUAGAGGGGUCACCUUGGGCGCCACGGAGUGUGCACACCAGUUCCGCAACCGACGGUGGAACUGUACCACCCAGAGGCGGAGCAUGAGGAAGAUACUCAUGAGGGAUACGAGGGAGACAGGCUUCGUGAACGCGAUCACAGCUGCUGGUGUUACCUACGCUAUUACCCGCGCCUGCACAGCCGGAUCACUAUUAGAAUGCUCCUGUGAAAAGGGCGUGCCUAAGACUCAUCGGGGUAGACAACCUAUAUCGCUUCCACCGUCACCAGUUCCAACUGACAGAUGGCAGUGGGGAGGAUGCAGUGACAAUGUUCGAUUUGGACUUAGAAAGUCGAGAGAAUUCAUGGACAGCCGCUACAGGAAACGGAGCGACAUCAAAACUUUGAUCAAACUGCACAAUCAUAACGCUGGGAGGUUGGCAGUCAAGAAUAACAUGAAAGUGGAGUGCAAGUGUCACGGGUUGUCUGGCUCGUGUACUCUUCGCACUUGCUGGUGGAGAAUGCCGACCUUCAGAGAAGUGGGUGACCGGCUCCGAGACCGAUUCGAAGGCGCUGCCAAGGUCAUUGCAAGUAACGAUGGAGACAGCUUCAUGCCAGAAAGUCCGAACAUUAAGCGGCCUGGCAAGAAAGACAUCAUCUACUCCGAAGAGUCUCCAGACUUCUGCCAUCCCAACAUGAAGACUGGAUCCCUGGGCACUGAAGGACGACAAUGCAAUAUCAGUUCUGCUGGUACCGACAGCUGUGAUCAGCUGUGCUGUAGGAGAGGUUACAUCCAAACCAGUGUCAAAGAGACUGAGAACUGCAACUGCCAGUUCAAAUGGUGUUGCGAAGUCAUUUGCGAAACUUGCUACGUGAAACGAGACAUACAAACAUGCCUUUAAUGUGAUAGUUAAAUGUAAUAAAUGUUUAUAUUG